AUAUUAACGUCUCAAUAUGGCAGCAGACCGUUAGGGUUAUUCUGCUUUGCAAAUUAAGUUAAAUUAUCUCAAUCCGAUGUGCCCAUCUUGUUGAUGUCGUCUAAUCUACUGAGCAAUAUCUGCAAAUCUUCUAUUUAAUUCGUUUUCAUUUAUAUUUAAGCGAACCUUUAGUGCAAAGUUCCACGUACGUAUUCGGAGCGCAUGCGUAUACUCUGCCACACCUGCAGCAGACUCGAACUCCCCGGUUGCAGUCAUGAGCUUGGUGAUAGAUCAGGCAGCUUGAAGUCGGCUAACCGAGCGAGUCGAGCUGUCGUUUCGAUCGUGCAUCGAUUGGUGAGCUUGCCGCCGAUGGGUGGUGGUUGCCUUGUGGCGCGGCAGAUUUGUCCGCGUCCGGCGUUUUUGUAAAUUGCAAGAUAGAACAUGGAAGAUUGUAACUGAUAUACGUUAACGUUUUGUAACAGGAUGUUGCCUGUUUAUUAAUGGGAAAUGCCCUUGAGAAAUGGAAGCUCUUUUCUAUGGACACCUUCCAUGAGGCCUAGUGCGACGCUGGACAACUUGAGUUGGACUUGAUUGCUUUCUGUCCUCGCUUCAGUAUUCAGUUCCAUCUGUUACUAUGGCCAGUGUUCACGAGAGUAUGUUUUUUAAUCCUAUGAUGGCGAACGGCGUGGUUCACGCAAACAUUUUUGGAAUCAAAGACUGGGUUACCCCUCACAAGAUCUCAAUCCUGGUUUUGUUGCACGAAAUGGCCACUUGUAAGGGACAAGGAACACCUGAGGUUGAAACGAGACGUCUCCACAUGAAUAAAUUGAAUUUACCGUUGCUGCAGGGUCCAGACAUGACAUUAUUUCAAUUGUUGAAGACUAUUGGAGAAUGCUGCCCUAAAUUAGCAAGUUCUGUCUGUACAAGAGUGAAGUUGAUGGCUGAAGGAGAGUUGAAAGACAUGGAAAACUUCUUUUUUUCCCUACAGCAUGUUUUCAAUGGUACUGAACCAGCAGUUCACAAGACAAGUGUCAUAGGUCUGUUCCUGCGGCACAUGAUCCUAGCUUACAACAAACUGUCCUUCAGUCAGGUUUAUAAGCUUUACACAGCUUUACAACAAUAUUAUCAAAGCUACGAAAAGAUGUCAUCAAGAUCUGCAGAAACAGAAGAUACAGAUAUGGAAUUAACCUCUUUAGAUCUUGAAGGAAAAAUGGAAAAAGAGGAAUUAGAAUUUCCAUUAAGAGAUGAUGAAAUUAGUGACAGAGGACCUUUAUCCCAGAAACAAGCUGAAUAUUUCCUUGCUCAACAGGCAUCAUUGUUGAAAAAUAAUGAAAACAAGGCUCUUUCGCCAGCUGCUCUCCAGAAAGAAUUGAAUAACCUACUCAAAUUUAAUCCUGAUUUUUCGGAAGCUCAUUAUUUGAGCUAUUUAAAUAGUCUCAGGGUACAAGACUACUUCAGUGCAAUGCACAGCCUCCUUCACUAUUUUGAUCGGCUAAUUCUUACUGGCAGUGACAGCAAAAGCAGUGGAGAGGAUGGGUUUGGACGAAGUUUACGAUAUGCAGCCCUAAAUCUUGCUGCUCUGAACUGUAGGUUUGGCCAUCAUGAACAGGCCCAAUAUGCUUUACAGGAAGCUAUUCGCAUUGCCCAAGAAUCCAGUGAUCAUGUUUGCCUACAGCAUUGCUUGAGUUGGCUUUACAUAUUGGAACAGAUGAAGGGAUCAGAUAAUGCAGUUCUUGUUGAGCACUCUGUGAAAAAGGCUGGGCAACUUGGUUUACCUUACCUGGCUUCUCUGGGCAUCCAAUCACUAGUGCAACAGAGGGCCUUUUCUGGAAGGUCAGCAAACAAGCUAAUGGAUGCUAUGAAAGAUUCUGACAUGUUGCAUUGGAAACAUGGACUUUCAGAGCUUAUUGAUGUAAGCAUUGCACAGAAAACUGCAAUUUGGAAAAUGUAUGGACAAAGCACAAUGGCACUGCAACAAACGCAGCUUCUUCUGUACAUGCACAGUUUGGAGUCCGUAAACAUGGAUAUCCAUCAAAAUAACACUGAGGCAAUGGCUGUGGUACUUUGCCACUUGGCAGAACUUCAUGCAGAACAGGGUUAUUACUCAGCUGCUUCUGAAAUCCUGAAACAUUUAAAAGAUCGAUUUCCUCCCCACAGCCAGCAUGCAAAGCUAUGGAUGCUAUUUGACCAAAACAUACAGUUUAAUCGAGCUAUGUGUGAUGGGAAGUACCACAUAGCUGACUCCCUAGUUCCUGGAAUAGCAGCACUUAAUGGGCCAGAAGGACUGUAUAGGAAAGCACUUGUUUUGAAAGCACAGAAUCAGAUCACAGAAUCUUACAGACUUCUGCAAAAACUAUUAAUCCAUUGUCAGAAAAAGAAGUCUACAGAAAUGUUGAUCAAAGUUCUUAUUUUGGAGGCUGAGCUUUUCUGGCGUUCCUCAUGUCAUGCAGUGGCAGUUCCUUUACUCCUAAAAGCAUUGGGUCUAAGUCGUGAAUAUCAUUUGGAGUAUCUAACUUCAGAAGCCAUCCUGCAUUUGGCAUUUUCACAGCUAAUGCUUGGAAUUCCAGACCAAGCUUUGAAUGUUCUGCAUCUGGCUAUUGAACCCAUUCUGGCUAAUGGAACUGUCUUGGACAGAGGACGUGCUAUGCUGCUAUUGGCAAAAUGUCAGGUUGCUUCUGUAUCCUCUUGCUCUAUUCAAGAAAAAACUGAAGCUUUUGAAUCAGCAAUUCAAAAUCUGAAUGAAGCCAAGAUAUAUUUUGAGAAGGCAGAUUCCAAUGAGCGGAUUAGAGAAGUCCUUUACUUGCAGGCAAGACUGUUCAACACUCUAGGCAAGACGAAAGAAAGAAAUAAGUGUGCUAUGAUGUUCCGUCAGCUACACCAAGAAUUGCCAACCUAUGGAGUAGCUCUUCUUUCAUAAUGCAUUUUACUGCAGCUUAAUAUGAUAGAACCAUUCAGCUGUAAAAUCGUGACAUGGAGCUUCAUAAGACAGAAGAUGGCUGAUAAAUAAUUACUGACUUUGAAAGAGAAAAUUUGAAAAAUCUAAUUUUCUAUAAAGUAAGAGUAUUGACAGCAGUGUAUUGGCAAAUUAAUUGUGCUGUAUCGGCUUUAAAAAAUUGGGGUUUGGUCUGGGCUUAUUGCAGUUAUGGAAGCAAACAGACUGCUUUACAGCAAAUCAUCUAUUUAUUUAUGGUACAGCAGUGCAGUGAACUACAACAAACUCAUCUUAAGUGCUUAAAAUGAAUCCCAGUCACUUAAGCAAUGUGAUCUCCAGGUCAGAUUGACUGAGAGAAUCUAUUCAAUCAUCUCUAUUUUGUUUUGAGUCUAAAGUUGCUAUGUGAAACCAUUGAAAAUGAGAUGGACAUAGUAUAAUCAAGUAUAAAAUUUAAUUGUUUGCAAUGAUUGUAACAACUUCCUUUUACUUUUAUAGGUUAACAGCCUAAUGUAUAACUGUUGUAAAAGCUUGUAGUUCUCGCAAUAUUUUCUGUAACAUAAAUAACAUGAAUGCUUUUAAAAAGUGUACACGAGGAAUUGUGAUAGUCCUGAAAAAAUAGUUGCUUUAUGAUUUGAGGCAUCAGUUUCUGUUCAUUUUUGUAAGGUACUGUAUAUUCCACUCCAAUUUCAAUUAGUUAAUUUGGUACGAUGUUUUAUUAUUAACUCAUUUUAAGUAUCUAUAACUGAAGAAGGCUAGUGAGUACUUUCAAUGCUAUGGCAAUCACAUUGCAAAAUAUGCUGUUAUGGCAACCAUGUUACAAGGCAUAUGUUUAUAUUAUGUGAGACAAAAUUAGUUUGUAGCAUUGUAUUCUGAGCUGCAAAAUCUCAGAUGUAAAGAGACAUAUUGCAAGCCUGAGACCGUCGUCGUCAUUUAAUGAUUCCAUUUUCAAAAUGUCUAUUGGAUUCUGAUGCCAGCUUGUUGACAAGGUAGUUGCUGAUUAAGAAAGAUGGAGAAUUUGUCACAGUACUUCAGUUUUUCAGCAUCUGCAGUAUAAUACUGCAAUAUUCUGCAGUAUUUUACUGCAACAUUUAGUUAGUGCCUUUCUCAAUCUCUGUCAGGAACUUUUUAGCCAAUACAUUUACAGCAUAUUCACUGUUAUCAAACAGGAAAUUAUUGCAAUGUCGGCAAAAUACUAGAGCAGUUUUACAUUUUCGAUCAACUGAAAAGAUUCUUUUAAAAUAUCCACUGUGUACCUGCAGCAGGUGUGCAAGGUAAACCACGUGAACAAAAGUAGUCUUUAAAGUUUAUUUGCAAAAUCUUCAUUUGGGUAUAUUUCAAAAAUAUUUGUGAUCCUGGUGUACAUUUGACUACAAUAUAAUGUAUCAUUGAGGAUACAUUGUCAUAGAUGUUUGUAAACAGCGUGGGGGUGCUUUGAGCUCAUGGUGAAGGCAUUUGCCUUUGCAAUCCAAGAAUGAUACAGUGAAACUCUCCUCCUGAAUGCAAGUGCUGGAACUGAAACAGUUUGGGUAUUCUGUCUAGUUCUUAGUUGGUGUCGGCCUAAUGAAAAAAACAGGUUUGUAUAGUUACCUUACUAAGAGACUAUUACAUUUGGGCAGCAGAGGUUGCUGUCCAAUGUUGCAUUUGCGACAAUAUAAAAGAUGUUUUUAUAAUGCAAAUGAAUGGUGUUUUUCACAUUGUUAUUCAAAAUUAUGAAUAUGUUGCAUUUCAGAAUACCUGACACAAGAAUAAAUGUGUCAGCAACAGAAUUAAUCAUCUAUUCUAUAGUGUGUGAUAAUGAAUGGAAGCUAUGUUUCCAGGAAAUGAUUUCUAGCACCCCAACGUUCACAUAAACAUUAGGUAAUCCUUCAUCUUUUAAGCGGCUGAAGUGUUCCAAUUAAGUUUUGACACAGUUUAUAAUGACUGGAGAAGACAUAGGUAAUCUAUAGUCCAUAAUUGGUUUCUGAGUCCUGACUCUUUAAUUUUUUUUUACAAUCUUCACUGAUUUUUUUUGAAAGCUGCAAAAUUUUAAGAAUAUUGUCUGCUAAUUAUAAGGGGUUCCUGGGGUAAAAGUGGUAACUUCAGAGUUUCUUGAUCAUCACUGAGGGAUCUGAACUUGGUUCUGAUAAUUUUCGGAAUGCUUCUCAAGUUGUUAGAAAGCUAUCUGCAAGGACAGGGCCAUCUGUAAGUACUGGUUUCAGCACUUCUUCAGACAUCGUUAAUUAAACUCCAACAUACCCAUAUAUAAACCUACAGUUCCUGGCUGUUGGGUGCAAGCAUCUGCAUUCUGGCUGAUGCCAAAUAAUCUGAGGAAUGACUUAAUUCCAGUUUAUACUUUGCACUACUCUUUUUUUCGGCUAGUGUCCACAUACAGGACAAAUCUAAAACCACUCCAAAAGGUAAUUUGAGAAAUCUUCAUGACUGAGUUCAUUUACAUGAAAAGAACUACUAAAGUCACUUCACAUGCUGGUGAAAUGAAUGCAGGUACUAUGUUGUAUAUUGCAUCAUGUGUUCUGUAAAUGUACAUUCUGAUUUGGCAAAAGUUGUAACUUUAUGUGGUUACCCCAAGGCUUGCAUGUAUUAU